AUGACAUCGAUGGAAUACGCGCGGAAAAAAUCGUACGCGUCGAUCGUGUACGAGCAUGGCGAGGAGGCACUGCUGAAUCCUACCUUGAUGAACAGGCUUGAAGAGGGUGCGCCGCAGACUGGGCGUGUCACAUUUUCGCACGCACAGGCGCAGGCCUUGGGCCAAGAGAAGAAGCGGCUGCGCGACGACCAGGCUGCAAAUGGCGAUCAAAGCGCGGCGGACGCGCCGAAUGCACGCACUACGGACGAGUCGCGUCCGCUCAAGACGCAGCGUGUGGAAGUGGAUGCGCGGGAGGAAAAUGCAGGGGGCGACGAUGAUGGUGCGUGCGGGGAGAAUGCUAACGACAGCGAUGGAAAUGGGCGACUCGGACGAAGAGUGACGUUCCACAGUGCGGAUAUCCGUUUGUAG